AUGGUGCUGUUGGUAUCUGAUGUUGUUAUUUGCACAAUACCUACUGAUAUUAAAAAUGAGCAAGUAUUGGAUAAAUUACCUGUGGAAAAAGAAAGAGGCAUAACAGUAAAAGCACAAGCAGUUUCUAUGUUGUAUGACUAUAAUGGGAAGACUUACUUAUUGAACUUGAUAGAUACACCAGGACAUGUAGAUUUUUCUUAUGAAGUGUCUCGAUCUAUUAGUGUGAGUCAAGGGGCUAUUCUACUAGUUGAUGCAAACCAGGGUGUUCAAGCACAGACAGUUUCCAACUUUAAUUUGGCAUUUAUUUCUGAUUUAACCAUCAUACCUGUUUUAAACAAAGUGGAUUUAAAAACUUCUAAGCCUGAAGAAGUUAUUCUUCAAUUAAAAAACUUAUUUGGGAUUGAUUCUUCUGAAAUAUUAAAGAUUUCAGCUAAAUUAGGUACUGGAAUAGAUAUUCUUUUGGAAACAAUUAUAAACAAAAUACCUGCACCUACUAAUGGAAGGAGUAAAUUAUUCAGAGCAAUAGUAUUUGAUUCCUGGCAUGAUCGUUAUCGUGGAGUUAUUCCAUUAUUGGCAAUAGUAGAUGGUAAAUUGAAGGUAGGCGAUAUAAUUACAUCUCAUAUUACUGGAAAUACAUAUGAAGUAAAAGAACUUGGAAUUCUACAUCCAGAAGAAACAUCAGUAAAAGAACUUUUUGCAGGUCAAGUUGGUUAUUUAACAGCUAAUAUCAAAUCAUUAUCUGAUGUUAAGAUGGGUGAUACUUUUCAUCAUGAAGGUGAAGAUGUAAAAUGUCUUUCAUUAAAUCAACCAUUUAAACCAAUGGUUUAUGCUGGCAUAUAUGCUGUUGAUCAGUCUUAUAAUCUUGCAAUGAGAAAUGCGAUUGAAAAAUUAUUGUUGAAUGAUUCAAGUGUUACUGUUGCCAUUGAAAAUAGUCCUGCAUUAGGUCAGGGAUGGAGAUUAGGUUUUCUUGGCCUUCUACAUUUGGAAGUAUUUUGUGAAAGAUUAGAUCAAGAAUUUGAUGCUCAAGUGGUAAUUACAGCACCCAGUGUACCAUAUAAAGUGAAAAUUUCUGGACCAAAAAAUAUAAAAUUAUAUGGCAGUGAAGAAUUGGUUAUUACAGAUCCAUUGAAGUUGCCUGACCCAAAAGAUAUUUCUGAAUAUUUUGAACCAAUGGUAAUUGGAACAAUUAUUACUCCUGUGAUUUAUGUUGGAAGCAUUAUGAAAAUAUGUAUGGAAAGAAGAGGAAUUCAGAAAACUUCCCAGGCUAUAGAUGAUAAUCAUAUUAUGUUACAAUACAAGUUUCCUUUGAAUGAAGUUAUUGUUGACUUUUAUGAUGAAUUAAAGUCUAUUUCAUCUGGAUAUGCUAGUUUUGAUUAUGAAGAAGCUGGAUAUGAAUCAAGUACAUUAGUAAAAAUGAAUAUUUUAUUAAAUGGACAGCAAGUAGAUGAAUUAACUACUAUUGUACAUACUUCAAAAUCACGUCAAAUUGGGCAAAAUAUCUGUUUGAGAUUAAAAGAAACUAUACCACAACAACAGUUUGAAAUUGCCAUACAAGCAGCAGUUGGUGGGAAAAUCAUAUUUCGAGAAAAUAUUAAGGCACUGCGUAAAAAUGUAUUAGCAAAAUGUUAUGGUGGUGACAUAACUAGGAAAAUGAAGUUGCUUAAGCGUCAGGCUGAAGGAAAGAAAAGAAUGAGAAUGAUAGGCAAAAUACAAGUUCCUAGGGAUGUUUUUAUCAAAGUAUUGAAAAGAUAAUGUCAAUUAUUUUUAAUAAAAUAUUUUUGUACAGUU